UAUACAUAGGUACGCAAUAUUUAUUUUGAAAAUUAUUUACUAAAAAAUAAUAUGUUUCAAGAUCUCUAAGACCAAUAAAUGAGAACAUAACAAACACAAGUUAUUACUUAUUGUUAAACAAUCUGAAAUAUGGCAGAGUGUAGUUCGAAAAACGACGUAAAAAACCCGGAGGCGGCAAAUGUUUCUGGAAUUACAACUAUAGAAGAUCGCCCAAUAAUGCAACUAUUCAAACGGUUAAUAAACUACACAAGUAUGAACUUAACGCUGACAAACAAACAAAUAAUUCAGAUAUUACAUAAAGAUUUUGAUAUUCACACUGGGACUCUUCAUAGCAUAACAGUGGACGUGUACGUGAAUAUAAUUAAAAAAUAUCUAAGAGAAUGGCCUGAAUGGGACGAGUUUGAUCAAAUAACUAAUUUACAAGCGGAAAAAUCACCUGAGUACGUUAAGAAGAUUUUGGAACGUAAGUAUGAGAAUAUAAAGUUGUAUUUGGGUGAGAUGUUGGAGAUUGCGAAGCCUCUUGCGAACGAAGCAGUGAAGGAAGUUCAAAAAGUUACCAAAGACAGCAACAAAAUGAAUGAAGUUAUGAUGGAAGUGUCCUGCUCGAGAGAUCAGCUGAACCAGUUAAUUCACAGGAACCCCCAAGCAGAGAACUCCACUGAUAUAUUCAACUUAACUGAAAAUAUACACAACCGUAUCAUACUACACAUGUGGGAUUUAGAAUCAAUAUUAAAAUUACAAGUUCAGAUAAAUAUAAAUUUACCGUGUAUAUCCUUUGUACGUGAAAUGAAACACGUACUCAAACAUGUUCUAGUCAACAAGAUGCACACUAAGCAUGUCUAUAAUAAAGAGGCUUUAAAUACUUCUCUGAUGGUCAGAAGUAACUCGGCCAAAAGAAAUUUAAAUAAAGCCUUCAUUAAUCGAUUGUUAACAGAUUUAAUGAUGUUUUAUAAGGACCACCCCGGUUAUUCCCUUUACAAAACCAUAUUUGAAUUAAUGCGGAAUGAGUUAGAUAUGAUACCGCUCCCAAUAGUUAACUCUUGUUCGUUCAGCAAGAUCUUAAAUCAAUAUGCGUAUGUCAGGUAUCUUUACACAGACGAGUGGGUCAGUGAUGAUAACAAAUAUGAUUUGCAAAUAGAGGAAACCCUUGUACCGAGGAUACAAAUAUCAUACAACAAGUACGGUUUCUUUGAACAUAAGAAUAUGCCCACAAAAGACUGGUUGAAGCUGAGGUGUGGUUAUUGUGAAGUAUUGUUCACUGGUCAAUCAAUUGAAGACACAAUCGUGGAGCACUAUAACAUAUACCACCAGAACGAGCCCGAUUGGUUUUGUACGAAUUGCAAACAACGGUUUAACGUGAAACAAUUGGCCGAGAACAUGUGGUACCAUGAUUGCUGAAUGGAGAAGCAAUUUCUGACCUUUUAAUUCUUGAAUAAAUUAAACUGACAUUUGGAA